AUGGCUAGUCGCGAAAAAAUUAGAAAAUGGAAGGAGGAUUACACUGAGUAUGGCUUUACCAAAACAAUUAUUGAUGGAGUAGACAGACUGCAGUGCGUGCUUUGCAAUGCAAUAUUUUCCAAUUCCAACUUGAAGCCAUCAAAGCUCGGUGAACAUGGUGGAAACACGAGAGAAGUGAAUGAUCUUAAUUCCUUGAAGGCUAAAAGGGCAUGCUAUGACAUUAAAGGAACACUUCUGAAGUUAGGGUUCACUCCUGUGGAUAAGCCCCUGCUUCUGGCAUCAUUCAAAGUUGCAUACGAAGUGGCAAAAAUGAAAAAGCCGCACACUGUUUUAGAGACUCUUAUCAAACAAUGUGUUUUACAUAUAGUGAAGACUAUCCUGGGUGCAGAGGCCGCACGGAAAGUUCAACAGAUUCCUCUGUCAAACAAUGUUAUCCGCAGUAGGAUUGAUGACAUUGGCGCUGAUAUUCUCGAUCAAGUGGUUUCAAACAUCAAAGCUUUCCCCGUCAAGAUCUCAAUUCAGUUAGAUGAAUCGACAGAUGUCAAUAAUUGUAGCCAACUCAUUGUUUUCAUUCGUUAUGUAAAGGGGAAUGCCAUCGAGGAAGAAUUCCUGUUUUGCAAAUCACUCGAAACAACGACAACCGCAAGGGAUGUUUUCAAUACGGUGAAAAGCUUUUUCAAUACUAACGAGAUUCCGUUGCAAAUUAUCGGAUCUAUUUGUACUGACAGUGCUCCUGUUAUGUUAGGAAACCGAUCUGGCUUUGUUACUCUUGUAAGAAAUGAAGUACCAGAGGUGACGGUUACUCAUUGUAUCCUUCAUCUCCAAGCUCUUGUGUCGAAGACCUUGCCGGUUACUUUGAAAAAUGUAGUGGAUUCGUGUGUUAAAAUUAUAAAUUUUAUUCGUGGAAGAGCUUUGAAUCACAGGUUGUUCAACGCGUUUUGUAGUGAACUUAAUGAUGAUGCUUCUAUUCUCCUAUUUCAUACGGAGGUCAGAUGGAUUUUUAGAGGUCGAGUUUUGACAAGGUUUUUUCAGCUCAGAAAGGAAAUCAAACAAUUUCUACAAGAACAGAAAUGUGACUUUCUGCAUUCUUUCGAAUUUCCUUAUUUUACACCAUUGUUGGCAUACCUGGCAGAUAUUUUCCAACAUCUCAAUGAUUUGAAUUGUUCAAUUCAGGGAAAAGAAAUGAAUAUUGUGACCACCUGCGACAAGCUGCGUGCUUUCAGGAAUAAGUUGUUGUUGUGGAGUUUACGUAUCCAGAAUAAGAAUGUCGCUAAUUUUCCUUUGCUGAACGAAGUCAUUGUGGAGUGCAGCAGCUUAAAUUUUAAAGACAGUAUCAAAGAAGAAAUCAGUCAGCACCUGGAAAGCCUGAAAGAGUCAUUUGACGUUUAUUUCUGCCUGGGAGAUCUGGAAGAAUCAGAAACCUGGAUCGUCAACCCCUUUGCUUUCAAAUUAGAAAAGAUGAGAGAUGAGGAUGAAGACAAAGAACAUUUAAUUGAGAUGCAAGCAUGCCAAGCAAUGAAGCUGCUUUACGAGUCCAGUUCACUCGAAACCUUUUGCUGCAAUGUUCAAACUGGGUAUUCAACUCUUGCAAAAAGAGCAUUGAAAGUCCUUGUCCCAUUUGCCACCACUUGGCUAUGUGAAUUGGGAUUUUCAUCUCUACUGUACAUCAAGAAUAAAUAUCGUAAUGCACUGAACCCCGAAAAUGACCUACGUAUUUAUUAA